UGGUUGGCUGAUCAAUUAGUGUCAAAUAUAGACGCAAGAUAUUUACGUAUAUUAUUACUUUAUUGAAAAUCGUAUGUGUAGCAUUUAAUUAUUGACACGGUUUAUAUGGUAUACGCCGUGUAUUGUGCUUGAAUGAUUUGAUGAAAUUUCGCAUAAACCAUUAAAAUGGAAAUAGUGUCAUCAGUUUAGGAUUCUUGUGACAGAUUGUUGAAUUGUUAAACUUCUCUAUGGCCGGAUGGGUCCGUGAAAUUCGACUAUUUUUCGGUGUUGGGUUUCAACUCUUUAGAAGGACUUGUUAAACUGCAUUAGUGAUCCACAGUUGUUCACAUUAGGGGGAGAUAUCGAUCUAAAAGUCAGUGUAAUGUGAACUUCUAUCCAAAAGUGUUGCUACAUUAAAUAGUGGUUAACGUUUGACAAUAGUUUUACUUAUGAUUUAAGAGAGAAAGCGCAUAAGUGGCAAAGUUAUGGAUGAAAAUCGGGAUUUUAUUAUGAAAAAGGUGGAAUAAAACUUCCUGCUUGUACUAAGCAAUAUAUGUCUUGGAGUAGGCCGUCAGUUGUUGCGUUAAAAACAGUAAUUCGGGUUUUUUAAACAUUUCAUAGUGUGGAGUUGGUAAACAACCCGCUUUAACAAUGGUAGUAUUAAACGACCGGACACCGAUGGUGCAGACCCGGGUCCUCUACAUCGGGAGCGCCGUUCCACUGGAGACGGUCGAGGGACUGGAGGCCAUACAGGCGCCGCUCAGGGAGCGAUAUCCGGUGAACGACGACGCCACAUUGGAGGGGAUAGACGCCAUGCUGUCUAUAUCUAACAGUAACAUUCAAUUGAUGUACAUGGGCGACAGUGACCACGUUAUACAGUUUCCUAUUUCGGCUCUCACGUUGUGUGCUGCUGUCAGGUGUGUUACCACAGUAAAUGGUGUAACGGGAGAAAAUCAAGCCCGGUUUGUUUCACUCCAAGACCCCCUCGCUGGAGGCCGUAAUUCCCACAGGCCCGCAAUAUUUACUGCCGUAACACGACGGACACAAGGAAGGAAGGUCCUUGAAUGUCACGGUUUUGUGUGCGCCAAUGCAAAAGAUGCUUUGAAUUUGGUCAAGUGUGCAAGAGUCGCUGGUAUGAACUUUAAAAGAAACGGCUCAGUGGCGGCUGCUACGCCGCGUCAGACAACUGUCAACGGCGCCGUCCGUGCUAACGGUGGCGUUAGUUCUAACAGGCUGUCCACGGAGUAUAGAACAACUACGGUGAAUGCAGACGGAAGUGCCAUGAGACUGAUACCCGGGGAGCCGGUAGCACAAAAUAUAACUGCCGGCCCAGAGUUCUACGAGCCAGUCUCUGCUCAAGGCUAUUUCUACAGCAGCAGUAACGCGGAAGUUAAAAAGUUCAACAUUUUAAGGCAAGGCGGUAUUGAACCUCAGCCAAAAAGUUCACCGUAUGCGACUGCUAAUAUGAAUGGAGCGAAUGGUGAAGCGACGCCAGUUAACGGGACAACUCCUGUAAAUGGCGAGAGUCCAAGCCCCUCUCCGCGACCCAAAGGUGUGUCCACGGCUCCCCCACCGAUAUACAUCCGUCUUCCACGCAAUGGUCCACCUCCGCCACAAUUCUACGGCCCAAGACCUCCGGUAUACUACGGGCCACCUCCGCCGUCACAAUUUAUACUGAGACCACGUUUCUUCUCACCUCCGCCACCUCGCAUGCGUCCACAUCCGUUCGCAAUGCCCCCCGGUGGACCACAACCUAUGUAUGCGGCGCCCAUCUAUAUGAGACGUCCGCGGAGAGGGUCCCAGGGAAGUAGCGGGUCAAGGUCAAAGUCACAUUCAUCGUCAAGGUCACGAGGAUCCCGCGAAAGGUCAAAUACUCCAACGCGUGAUAUAAACGGUGGAGAAAACACAGAACCUAAGCGCAGAAUACCAAACGCGGACGAGUCGAGUGAUGAUUCUGAUCAUCGUCCGUCAACGCCCCCAAAGGACUACGACAAACGAAAUAAAAGGGGGCAACGUCAAAGCAGACGCGAUGCCUAUGAGGUGCGUUACGGUCUAGACGGGCCUCAUCGGAUGGCCGGACCGCCGCCUCCUGAAAUGAUGCCGCCUUAUCACGGCGCGCCGUACGAUUACUACGUCCACCCUCCACGCCAUGGCGGUUACGCCCCAUUUCCCAUGUAUAACCCUCACGGUCGAGCACGGUCACUUCCGCCGGAAAACCGUCAUCGUUCUAAAUCGCCAAAGAAGAGCAAGAAAAAGCAUAAGAAAAAUAGAAAACACAAACAUCACAAGCAGCGCGUAAUAUAUUCACCGCCAGGCCCCUAUCCCGUGCAGCCACAAUACGGCCCAUAUCCUCAUCAAAGUGAUCUGUCGCAGGACAGUGUCGCCGGAUAUCACUCCGAGAUUCCACGCAGGCGCCCUGAUGUUGCAGGGUACGAGUUCUACCCUCCAAGGGAUUUCCGCCGAGACGAAAACCAGUUCAUGAAUGAGCGCCAUUUCUCCCAAAGCAUCGCCAAGGAGACCCGACGUUCCCGUGAUUCACGGAGUUACCCGACGGCUUAUGAACUGAACGACGCCUUGGAUCGAGACGCCAUGAAACAGAACCAGAAUGACGAAGCAGAAUUUAACCUUUACUAGAAUGUCAUUUUGAACGUGGACGCUCAUUCUGGACACAGGUGAUGCACUCGGGACACCGUAGUUUUCCGCACUCGAUGAAGAACUUCCACCCGCUAUGGUGUACGAAUAGGGACACAGUGGUUUCUAGGAGCAGUAUUCUAGAUAUUCGAUGUGUAACAACAUUAAGUAUUACAUAAUUUACAAGAGGGAGUUUAAAGUGUCAGACACUAGGAGUCAUUUCUCAGUAUAGCUGUCAUCAAUAGAUAUCAAAUUAGUUGUUUUUUACUUUUUACCCACGAUUACAUGCAUACAUUAUUCAUGUGUAAAUACUCAUUUCGAUGGCGUUAUUGUGUAUAUAACAAUUUUGCAAUUCUUUAUUCUAUGUCUUUGUAGCAAACAUUUUGUCAAUAUAGUUUAUUCUUUUGUUGAUCACAGCCUAGGCUAAGAUACGGUUACCAUGUGAAUGAGUUUAACACGCAGAAGUGUAAAUAAUACCAACAAAUUCACACAAUCCUCCAAAUUUAUGGGGAAAAAAGAUGGAAAUUAAAUCCCAUGUUUUCGUUGAAACCAUAGUUCAUAAAGCUUUAAAAGGUCUAGGAUUGGCCUUUGCCUUGCAGAACCAUACCGUGUGCUCGUUUCAAAGUUACGAAUUUGUCCUGCAAUAUGAUCUGAUAUUUUUAUGAGAUAAAAUUGGCGUAGUAUGGGAUUUUAAUGUUUCCUGAUAUGAAUGAAAAUGAUGAAACAUAAUCCAAGAAAAAACGGACACAUUUGUGGCUCAGCAUGUUCUUUUGAAAUUAUGGGUGUUCAUUUUUCGCUUAACUGAUUCAAGGUUACUUCCUAUUCCAUAUACACUUUUAAUCUUCCUCAUUUCUUUAAAAAAAAAGGUAGGCACAUUGAUUAAUCAAAAUGAAAGAAAAUAUAUUUUUGGGGGGAAUAAUACAUUGCAUAUAUAAUUGGUACGAUCAAACAGUUCAUUGGGGAGGGAGGGGGCACACUAGGAAACAGAGGUGACAUGUGUGAUUUUUUUAUCCCUUCGCUACGACAAACUAUCUCGUUCCAACGACCUCGGGUUGUCUCUAUGUCGUACAUGGUCAUGACAAAACUAAGUCGUGGCCACAAGAUAACUAAGUCGUUGGAACGAGUAAGUAAGUCGAUGCCACGAGAUAACUAAGUCGUUGGAACGAGUUAGUAAGUCGUGGCCACGAGAUAACUAAGUCGUUGGAACGAGUUAGUAACUCGUUGUCAUGAGAUAACUAAGUCGUUCGAACGAGUUAGUAAGUCGUUGUCAAGAGAUAACUAAGUCUUUGGAACGAGAUAGUAAGUCGUGGCCACAAUAUAACAAUUAGCAUAGUUGACACUGGAUAGAAUAACCAUAUUUUAAUCAUCACUUUCUUUAUAAACAUCAAAUGUUCAGACAUUCUUUAAAACUCGGGAUUGUUCAGUAAUCGUUCAGUCUAUAUUUAACAAAUCCACAUAUCAGGACUAUGUGCUAACAUAUUCUUAAUUGUGACAAAGCGUUGUAAUUUAUUUUCCACGUCAAAAAGGUUUCAAAUGAAGUUAAUUAUUAUGAACUUCGUUGAACGCAUUCCGUUUCGAGAUUUUUUUUCGUCGGCAAUUAAUUAUUUCGUCACCGUUACAUGGUCGUGGGUGAAAUAAAUUUAUUAUAUUUUGCAAGAUGUUUUCACGUUUAGUAUGACUAAAAUGUCUAUGUCAACAUCGUAUGGUUUACUGUUCUCAUUAAAACACGUUUUUAAUUUACUUAAGCACUGCGAAAUGAAUUAAGCUUUAUAUUUGAAUAAGACCUAUCCUUGUCAGGGUCUCUCCACGAUGUAAGUGCUUUAUACCAAAGAUUUUAUUUCAAAUAGGCGUGUCUUGUUUAAUUAACAUGUGCCGCAAAGUUGAGAAUGUUGAACAUGUCUUCAUUUUGGUGAAAACAUCACCAGCAGUAUUCUCAUUAAUCAAAAAGUGUGUUCAUAUAAAUAACCUAUACCUUUAUCUACAUAAUAUUUUCAUAUUUUUUAUUUAUGAGAGAGUUGUUCAAUCGGACCGUUUCGCUUCAUAAUAAUUGCACUAAAAGCCUGAAUUAUUUCUCCUUGGAAACUUCAAAAUGCAUCAAACCCAAAAUAACUCGAUUUUGUUAAAAUCUAUAAAAAGGUGUAUUUUCAGUCGUAAAAAGGCGUGCAUCGACCAUGUAAUUUGUAACAAAUGCAGACGCGAAUUGAAGAAGAUAAUAUCGAUCCCUUUGGGGAUACAAAUUGACUAUUUGACAGGUUAAUUUGUUGAUAAUAGUUGUCUUUACCCACAUACCCACGAACUGACUUUCCUUUUACCUACUUUGUACAUUUAAGUUAUGAUAAAAAUCUUGGUAUGUGUUCUUUUUUAUUCUCGUUGAUAUAGUGUAAUACAUACAUAAUAGUUUUAGUCCUGAUAACUGUUCGUACGUAUUUUCGCCAUAUAUUAUCGCUGUAUUUUUUAUAUUAAAGAAAUUAUAGAUAUUUAUCUCUUAUUCAGACAUUUUACUUAGUGUUUAAAAAUAUAUUUUAUCAAAUGAGAUGGCAGUAUGUUUCAAAUAUACCGAUAAUGUAUUUUGGUAAAUCAACAUUCAGUCAUUAUAUAUUUUAAUCAGGUGAAACGGUAGAUUUAAAAGGAGGCUGGGCCAGUAGACAAAAUAUACACUUGACCACUGUAAGGGGUGAUCAGUAGGCAUUUACCAGAUCAAUUGGGUGGGUGUGUUUGACUUUUCAUACCGAGUUAUAAUGGAAAAUGAAUAAGUAUAAACUUUAGCCAUAACAUGAUACCAAAUUAAUAUAUUGAAAACACUUCCUAUAAAUCAGCGAGUUGCUUAAUUGGUACAUAUUUUUGUUAUUGUUAUUGUUGUAAAACUUUACUUAUGUUACAGAAUUCAGCGUUUAUACCAAGUCAAGUAAGGUCAAUACUUUUUAUAAAGAGACAUUUAUUAUACACCAGUGACAAACUGUCAUUAGUAAAGAUUGAUUGAUUUGUAUAAUUAAAACAAUGUUGUUAUUGUUGUGAUUGUACGGCAUACAACAGAAAGACAAAAUAGUUUCUACGAUCGUACAUUUCGAAGUUUGACCAUGUUUAUGUUCACUGAUAUUGUAGAUAUUUCUUUCUGUCAUAAUUCAUUAGUUUUUUUCCUGUUUUGUAAACAGAUAUUACAAAUGCACAAUAUGCAUUUAAAUAUUUCACAAAAGAAGAAACUUGGUCUGUAUUGUGACCUGUUUGUGUCGCUGAAAAUACCUGUCAUAAAUGUUAACAAUUGUUACGAUUUAUACUUGAGUUUUUCUGUUACAGCUUAUAUAUUAAAGCUGCACUCUCACAGAUUGGUUGUUUUGACAACUUUUUAGUUUUUGUCUCGGAAUGAGCUAAUUUAAGCGUGAAUGUAUGGAAGCCAGUGAUAUAAGACAGCUGACAAGAGAGCAGAUCGCAGCUUUCAUAUUUACGUUCGAAAAUUUAUUUUUUAUGGCACAAAGCGUUAUUAACGAUGCAAAAAAUUGAAAAAUCGGUAGUUUACCAAUUUAUUGAGAUACGUUCUUUUAUGAUUUAUCUUACAUUACUGAAUUGAAGGCAUUGAUACCAAAAUAAAAUGAUUCUGAGACAUUAUUUUUAAAUGUCAAUCUGUGAGAGUGCAGCUUUAAAUAUAUUAAAUCACACUAUUACCUUUAAAUGACGUAACUUUGUUAACUGGCAUCAAUGCUACCACUCUAUGUUUUUUCUUACAUGUUCGACUAAAAUCGAAUGGAAUGCGUUAUUUUCAUUCUGGCCAUCCCUCCAACUAUCGAAGUAUAUUUAGGUUUAAUUACAGUCUGUAUAAUCAAUUUAUAACAGUCUGUAUAAUCUAUAAUAUCGACAAUUACACUGAAAGGUAUGACAGAUAGUUUGCAGGUGCAUAAAAUCUUAAAAUUUGUUACUUGAUAUACCAUUAUUGUUAUCCAUGAGAACAUUACUUUUGUUUGAAAAUGCAUGCACGUUUGCGCCUUAAUUAAUUCACAGACAGUAAAUAUCUAUCAUGUUUAUAUAUUUAUGCUUUUCAAAUAUAAGGAUAACAAUUAUACAGCUGUCCGCAUCUUCAUAGUAGAACUAAUUCUUAAUAUUACAAGCAUGUCGGUUAAGUGCAAUUUUUCAAAUAUUCAUUUUAUCAAAGCGAGCACCAUUAGUGAUAUUUGUUUUAUUCGUUAAUUACCUAUACAUGUGUUAUAUGCAUGCUACAUUUAAAAUCUUAUAGUGACGUUUCACAAUUAGCUACUUACGUAAUCAUUUAUUAUGCUAACCCAUAUUUACUGGUGCAUCCUUGACAUAUAUAAGAUAAAAAUCAAAAUUUGUAGCAUAUAUGGUUUUCUUAUUUUAUUUGUAUUUUCCUAAUUUUUUCAAGUUAUAUGAUGCUUUACAAUGUUUAAAGUGUGUUUUUUGAAGAAAAAGGUCGAAGUAAUUGUGUGGUCGGAUUUGAUGACGUCGGCUAUGGCGUCGUCGAAUGUGGUUUAGUCCACUUUGGUGUCGUCGGCUGUGAUGUCGUCGGCUGUAGUAUCGUCGGCUGUGGUGUCAUUGGCUGUGGUGUCGUCCACUGUAGUGAUUACGGCUGUGGUGACGUCGACUUGACGUCGGCUGUGGUGUCUUCGACGGCGGCGUCGUCGUUCAAAAUAUAUAACCUAGAUAAUACCUAUAAACAGUUAGUUAUUCAAAUGAAACUUGGUCCACAUAUUGCUAGAGACAAUACCAACAUGUAAAGCAAGCCCCAUUACUCUAUCUUCCAUAAGUGUCGAGUUAUGGCCCCGAUGUCUCGAACGAGUCCCUUAUAACACUCUCAAGCUAAGCACCUUACUUUUGAUAUGGUAUACAAUAUUAUUCAUCUACAUAGUCUUGAGAUUGUUUCACGAAAUUUUAUUUAAGAUUAUCACGUUUAAUUUCAUUUUCAUGCAGUCACCGGAGAUAGCAGGGAAUGGGCCUUACCUGGGGAUUGCCCUAUGCAUUUGGCGGGGAUUUUGGAAUUUUACCUCGAAUUGGCAGGACCGACAGUCAACGUCCCCGCUAAUCCCCGGACCUGGUGGGGGGGGGGCAUGGCUACAAUUGACUGGUGCAUUAGCUAAAUGAAAUAAGAUACUAAAGGAUGUUACGCUUAAGAUUUUUUGAGAAAGUGGCCCCUGACCUUUGUUCAACUGGGGAAAAACUUGGCAACAACAGACUGGCGUUUGCGUUCGACUCGCGGCGCUCUUGUUCCGUAACCUGUAUAUAUAUGUAUGUCAAGUCGAGUUUGCCAUAUUUGUUAUUGUUAUACGAUUUGUGUAUAUAACUUGUAUAUAACUUAUAUAUAGAUAGUGUGUUUAUGUCACAUUUAAAUGUGUUUAAUAGUAUUAUGUUACUUUUAUAAUAGUUUAAGAGUGUACAUUACAAAGUUUAUGAAACUGUGUAAUUAUUGUAACGUUAGUUAGAGAUUUUUUCUGGAGAAAAUUGUUAACAAUGGUUCUGUUAGCUAGGCUGUAAGCUGGGCGUUUAGCUAGGCUGUUAGCUAGGCUGUAGGCUAAGCGUUUAACGAGGCUGUAAGUAAAGGCUGUUUUACGCUUGUUUUAAAUUUUAGAGUUUCAAUUUCAGUUUAUACAUCUUAGAAAGACGGGCCAUCCCAUAAAGGCAUUAGGCAAUUUGUUCUCAUUGAAUGUUUUAAAUACAUUGAACUGGUAUAGCAUGGUGAACAUUUAAAUGGCUCUGUGUAACAAUAAGUAACAAUAUACAUUGAGACAAAUAUCUAAUCAUAUCUUUCACUUGAUUUAAAGCUGCGAUCUCACAGAUGGACCGUUUUGACUUUUUUUUUCUUUUUUUGUCUUGGUAUGAGCAAGUUUUGGCGCAAAUCUCUGAGAACCAGUGAUAAAAGACUGCUGACAAAAUAUCAGAUCGCAGUUUUUCAUAUUUUAGUAAUUUACGAAAAUUGAUGUUUAAUGCCGAAAAACUCACUUUUCUUAAAACGUUAAUAACGCUUAAAUUAAACUAAUAAAAAUUCAAUUUACGAACGUAAAUAUGAAAAACUGCCAUCUGAUCUUUUGUCAGCAGUCUUAUAUCACUGGUUUUAAGAUAUUAACGCAAAAAUUGGCUCAAUACAAGACAACAAAUAUAUAUAAAAAUUGUCAAAACGGUCAAUCUAUGAGAGUGCAGCUUUAAGUUAGGAUAUUAUAUUCGGUAUAAGCCAAAUAAUAUUUUUAUAUGUAAAUAACAUCCGUGUAUGAGCGUACACAUAACUCAGUGACGUCAGUUGCCAAAUGUUUAUUAUAUACUCAUAAUACUUAUUGUGAUAUGGUAGAGGAUUAUUAUAUCUCUAAUUUACGUACACAUCAUAUUGUAAAUACCAUUACCUAAUAAAACAAACUUAAUAAUGUAAUGUUCAUAAUUGAGUCUGCGCUCAAAUGAACUUUCAUAAGGUAGCCGACCCACAAAUAUGUGACAAUUGAUGUCCAGUGGCCUCAUAGUAGUUUGGCUUCAUUUAGAGCCAGAAUCAUACGUGGUUACCAGGCGUCAAAAUUUGUCAUAAUGAUUAAUGCAGCUAUCAGAAAACAAGCUUAUUUGUGGGCGGACUCCUUUAGUAAAAAGUAAAAAUUUGUUCGCACUGUUGUUCAGAUGGUCCUUUUUUGUUGGCCGUUUUAAACAUGUGCCUUUAUUUCAUAUUCGCAAAACGAACAUACAGUUUAUAUUAGGCAUCGUAAUGGCACAACCUAACGCUUUUUUACUGCUUAAAGUAUUACUCGUAAGUCAUGACCACUGUGUUAAAGAAAUAGAACAGUUUGUUUUAAGUUCAGUUGGAUAUACAGACAGUUGAAGCCUCGUUUUGAGUGAGGAAUCCCUCCUUUUUCAACAUACAUGUUUAUAGUUAUGUGACGCAAUUUGCGAAACCUACGGGCUAUAAGUGAAAAUGACGUUACACCCGAAACCACAUUAUUGUGGCGUUGGUUUUAUUUUUACAGUCAAUUAUCAAACAGACCGGAUAAUAAGAUCAUUAUCACGCUAAAAAGUCAGCGCGUGGAAAAGCGGACAUCUCGCGUUACGUCAUUUUCGCCUGUAGCCUGUUUUUUGCAGACAGUGUCACAUAUGAAUAACUUGAACAUAACUAUCAUGAUGUAUGUUCUAGUACAGUCGAACCUCGUUGGCUCGAACUCCCAGGGACCGGCGAAAAUAUCUCGAGCCUCGAAAAGUCGUGCCAAGCGGGAAUGCUUACCUUAAGGUUAGAGAAAACGGUCCUUUAAAUCCAGUUCGAGCCAACGAGGAUUUCGAGUUAAGCGAGUUCGAGCCAGCGGGGUUCAACUGUAUGUUGAGUGUUUGAAACGAAGCAUACAAGUGCUUCUAGCUAUUUCAAACAUGAUUCAUUUUUUUCCACAUUUCUCUAAGUCAGACUUUUGUUAUACAUGUAUAUCCAUAAAUAUAUAUCUACGAGUUGUAUAGUACUAAAAUACUCAUUCACUAACAAUUUCUACAUUGUAUUCAGAGAGUAAAUGAAUAAAAAAUGAAAGGAAAA